CGGCGCAGUCCCGGCGGCGCGGGCGGCAUGAAGACGAACCGCCGCGGCCGAGCGCUCCUGGCCGUGGCCCUGAACCUGCUGGCGCUGCUCUUCGCCACCACCGCCUUCCUCACCACUCACUGGUGCCAGGGCACGCAGCGGGUGCCCAAGCCGGUCUGCGGCCAGGGCGGGAGCGCCAACUGCCCCAACUCGGGCGCCAACGCCACGGCCAACGGCACCGCCGCCCCCGCCGCCGCUGCCGCCGCCGCCGCCGCCGCCGCAGGGAACGGCCCCCCUGGCGUCGAGCUCUACAGCUGGGAGACAGGCGACGACCGAUUCCUCUUCAGGAAUUUCCACACCGGCAUCUGGUACUCGUGCGAGGAGGAGCUCGGCGGGCUCGGUGAGAAAUGCCGCAGCUUCAUUGACCUGGCCCCAGCAUCAGAGAAAGGGACACUUCCCGAAGCCCUGAUCCUGUCCUUCAGCAUCCCUGGGUGA